AUGAGUUCCUCCACUUCUUGCACGAGCAAAUAUUCUGAUGAUCAGCCUUGUAUUAUAAUAGAUUCAUCUCGGUCACAGUUUGAUGAUGACUGUUGUUUACUACCGAAUGUAUGUUGGCAUAGAGAACGAAUAUCUUACUAUUUCCGAUGUCGAUUUCAAGCAAAUUCUGUUCGAACAAGUUUUGAUUUUAAAUCAUUUCUUCCAGAGCAACUGUCAGAUAAUAUCAAGAUUUGCCCAUCAUCGCUACAAUUCUAUCCGAUUACAUUUGAUAUCAUUGAGAGUAAUGAACAAAACGCCACGUCUGAUGAAUCCGAAGAGGAGAUUGAAUUGACCUCGUCACCGAAAUUGUGCACGUAUGAUAACGAUGAUUUUCUUAACAAACUUGUGGAAUGGAAAUCGGAUAAUCAUCAACCAGUAGAUGAAAGUGACGAUGAUGAGGCGAUGAACGAACAAGUCGAACGAACUAUGGAAACGGAUCCAUUGUCGGCAGAAAAAUUGACAACCGAUGUUGAAGAUUUAUUUGUGACGUAUAGUUGUUGCCCGGUGAAAAGCGAACCUGUGAUACCCGAUGAUAUCGAUGUAAUUUUUCCACAACUAGACGGUCAAAAUGAUAGUUUGUCUGAUCGUACUUCAGUCGACAGGCAAUUAAAUAAUCAAAAUAAAAAACGAGUAACGAGCAAUGUGAUUAACCGUAAAAAUGUAAAAAGAUCACGACGAAAACCUGACAGUCUACGACAAAUUACCCUCGAAAGUUUUAAUUUUGUCAUUACUGAACAAAAAGCUACGACGACUAAGCCAUUGACAUUCACAGACGACAUUCCUUUGUCACUACGAAGCGGAAAGUCUCUUUCAAACAAACGAAAGAAGAGGACACCUUUAGUUCAUACGGGAAAAACCAUCCGAGAUUAUUUUCACGUAAACAAUUCUUCAACUCAUCAGGAUAAUCUUCGUGCGGCUUCAAACGCUAAGGACCUGAUGGAUCACUCGGAAAGCGAAUCUGACGAAUGCAUUAUUAUCGAUGAAGAUGAUGAUAUAUCGACGUUAUUGACAUUCGACCCUUCAAUUCCCAAUAACAUUCGUGCGCGUGAAAAACUUCUCGACCAUUCAGUUCAUUCGUCUUCCGUACCAUUCAAUCAACCUAUCAGAUAUUCUGACCAUAGCGAACAAGAAUUUUCCUUCUAUCAAUUUAGUCUAACAUCGCAUUUACGUUAUCUAUUGCAUGAAUUACCUACCUACAAUCAUACCGGUGACAUAAAUUGUAAUCAAUGUGACGAAUAUGUUUCAAUUUUACACGAGUUAUUCGAUUUAUUAUUUGAUUUUAUCGAAUAUGAUCUCUGUGGAAUGGUGAACAAGAUGAAAUAUCGUUCGUCAUUGAUCGAAGACGAUUACUUCAAUGAUUUCGUCAAGCAAAAAUUCGUAAAAACGAGAAACAUCAAUGCGUUCUUUCGUAUUAAACUAGUUAUCUAUUUCAUUGAACUAAUCGAAAUCCAUCGGAGAAAAUGUUCGAAUACGAAACCAUUUGUCUUCCAUCAUACAGAAAAUCGAGUCUUUCAAUGGAUAGAAGAUUCAAUUCGACACAUUGUUUGUCAGAAUGAUAAUUUCACUAAUCAUAAACUUUCUCUUUGUUUCAAUGUUAUGGAACUUUGUGUACUAUUCGCUAAUGAACAAAACUAUCGGACCAAGCAGAUGGCUCGAUUCUUAGCCGAAUUAUAUCAAGACAAUCAAACAUGUUUGAAAAUGUGUGUGCUCGAUGAAAAUUUAUUGAUUGAUAUUCGUUUAUUACUCAUCAAUGAACUCAUUUGGAAACGAUUUGAAAUCAAAUUGCAUUCAAUCGACCGUAUUAACGAAUUUUUUCGAUCUGUUCAAGAAACAGAUCCUGACUCAUUGCUACUAGCAAGAAGUUUGUUAUUCACAUUCGCUGAUCUUGUAAAUGAAAUGGAAAGUUUCACUUUUCCAUUUCCAGUGUUUUUGAAGAAAAUUAUAACGAUAUUACGUUGCCAACUCGAUGGCAUUUACUCACAAUUAACAAAUCUUUGUGAACAAACUAAGGAUGACGAAGAACUUCAGCGUAGUAAAUUACUCUUCCGGUUAUUGUGUUUAAAAUGGAAAACGUUGCAUUUAUCAGAUUGUUUUGUACCAGUUAAUUAG